CUUGAUUUGUUUAUAUUGAACAUUUUGGCGCCAAGAUAUUUAUUAUCGAAUAAUGAGACGAGCAUCAAAAAGAGUUUCAAAAACAGUCAAAUAUGAGGAGAAAAAUUCAUCAGAUUCAUCUGAUGAUGAUGAACCGGUUGUUAAAUCCAAGAAAAAAGUUUCACCUAGUGCUCCAAAAAUAUCAAAAACGAAGACAGUAGAAUUUUUAGAUGAUGAACCGGUUAUUAAUACUAAGAAAAAGCAUGUACAAUCACCAAGUUCUUCAAAAAAUGAAGAUGAUGGUUCAUCAUCAGAUAGUAGUGUUGGUGGAAAUUUUAAAACAACCGAUAAUAUUGAUUCUAUUUCAUUUUUUGAAAAAUCUAAUGUAAGUAACACGAAAAAUGAUUCAUUGGAUAUUCCAAAAGCACUUAGUGAUUCCGAAGAUUCUGAUUUGGAAGAUGUCCCUGUCAAAACUAAAGAAGAAGUAAAGAAUGAUGUUUUUCGAGAAAUUGAGGAUUAUCAAAAAAGACUUGAUGAUGCUAAACAAAAAAUGAUGAAUUUCAAUAAAAAAUUAACACCAAAUGAACAGUUAUUAGACGUUAAAGAACUUCUUAAAAUGGGUGAAACCGGUGUAGAUGAAUCAAGUCAAAUAUUCGACACAGAUGAAGAAGUUGAUUCUGAAUUUGAAGAAGUAGAGCACGCAGUUGACAAACCCUCAACGUCAACUUCAGUUCCUGAACAAGGUGUACAAAUUACCGUUGAAAUACCUAAUCAAUCAAGGUCUAAAAGUAAAAAAGAAGUUGAUAUGAUGGCAGUUAUAAAACGUAAAAUUAAUCGAGUUAAAAAAGAACAUCAAGUUUAUAUUCAUCGAGUACAUUUACUUUGUUGGAUUGCGCAUGGAAAUUAUGUAAAUACAAUUCUAAAUAAUGAAAAUUUAUUAGGUCUAGCUUUAAGUUUAAUUCCUGGUGAGAAAUGUUAUCCUGAUGGUCGUAUUACGCUAGCCUAUUUGGAACAGAUAACAAAAUGGUAUUCAAAAAUUUUUAAAAUAAAACCUGAACCAGAAAAUCGUACCAUUCAAGAAAUUUUAAAAGAUUUACCUUUAGAUAGAGCUUUGAAAUUAGAUAUAAGUCGGAAAGAAGCAUCCUCGCGAAAAAAUCACGUUUUAAUCUUUGUUUGUAUGUUAAGGGCACUAGGUAUACAGUGUCGUUUAGUACUUUCUUUUCGAGUUGUACCUCUACGACCACUUCAAAGUGAGUUGUGCUCGCUAUCCACUAAAAAACAAGAAUUACCAAAAAAAGUAGAAAAUAAGGAAAUAAAAAAAUUAAACAACGCCUUAAAAGAUUUAAAUAAAAAGAAAAAUUUGAAAACCAAGUCAUUGAGCGUAAAAAAAUCAAUUUUUUUUGAAGAUAAAUCGAAAUCUAGUGAAUUACCAAAAAUACCACAGGUAGAUGGGGCAAAUGACAUUACACCCAACAUAGCUCAAACGCGUCAAACAAGAGGAAUGAGCAAAAAUUCAAAACCAAUUAAAAUUCAAAUCAAUGAUGUAUCGUCGGGUGAUGAGUUUCAAGAAGAGAAAAAAACUGCAAAAGCUCCAAGAAAAUCACUUUCUGAUUUACUUAAAAAACGCACACCAGAUAAAAAGAAAGUUGAUACAAAAACACGCAGUAAGUCAGCUUCGGAAUCUACAAAGAAAACAAAUCGCACACUUACACCAAAUCAGAGUAAGCUAUUAGAGACAUCGUCAACUAAUAAACGCGCUAAAACGCGGUCUUUAACACCCGAAGUUUCAAAACCUGAAGAAAAAUUGGAAGAACGCAAAGCUAGAAGGAAGUCUCCAGCUACUAAUCUUGAAGCCAAAAAGUCUUUAAAUAAUGAAAAAACCCCAACGCGAAAAAUAAGUAAGGAUUCAAAAUCACAUAGAACAACCGUUACUCAAAAACAAAUGAAAGAACAAACACCACUAACCAAUGAAGAGAAGUUAUUAAAAUCCCAAGGAGUUAAGCCUUCAAAAUUAUUGACGAAUGAAGAAAAGUUAUUAAAAGCUCAAGGACUUAAACCUCGAAGUAAAUCGGCUAGUAACGUUAAAAACACAACAACGUCGAAAAAGCAGACAACAGCUCAAAAACCAUUGACUAAUGAAGAGAAGUUAUUAAAAGCUCAAGGAAUUAAGACACGUAGUAAAUCAGCUAGUAAUUUAAAAAGUCCAUUUUUCGAUCAUAAUACCACUAAGUCUCCAUCAAAACAUGUUGCUCCUAAAAUCUCAAUAAGACCUAGAACAAAUAAAAUGAAAAAAUUAUCGGAACCUCUUAGUGAUGAUGAUAGUGAAUAUCUUUCAGAUGAAGCUAUACCAAAGAAGAAAAAGAAAUCUAGUAGUGAUGAUGAAUUUGACAUUGAAACUAAAAAUAAGAUUAAGUCGAAGGUAAAUCAGUUGAAAAAAAGUAUGGACAGGAGAGUACUAUCGACAGACGAUGAUGAAGAUGAUAAGGAUAAGAAGAAAAAAAGAGUAGGUAAUGAUAUUUGGGUUGAAGUUUUUGUUGAAGAAGAGGAAAAAUGGAUUAGUGUCGAUGUUGUUAAAGGACAAGUACAUUGUGUGCAAGAAUUACACACUCGAGCCACACAGCCUGUAAUUUAUGUGGUUGCUUGGAAUAAUAAUGGAACGCUAAAAGAUGUUACCAGUCGGUACAGUAAAAAUUGGAAUACAGUAACAAGGAAAUUACGUGAUGAUCCUACUUGGUGGAAUCGAACGUUAAAACCUUAUCAAGAAAAGAAGAAUGCUCGAGAAAAAGAAGAAGAUGAAGAAUUAGCUCGACAACAAUUAGAUCAACCAUUACCUACUGCUAUUUCUGAAUAUAAAAAUCAUCCAUUGUACGCGUUAAAACGACAUUUAUUAAAAUUUGAAGCAAUAUAUCCUCCUGAUUCACCAACAUUAGGCUUUGUACGAAACGAACCUGUUUAUGCUCGUGAAUGUGUACAUACAUUGCACUCAAGAGAAAUAUGGGUCAAACAGGCUCGUGUAGUGAAACCAUUUGAAAAGCCUUAUAAAAUUGUGAAAGCACGCCCAAAAUAUGACCGUUUAACAGGUACUGUUACAACUGAUAUACCGUUGGAAAUAUUUGGUAUAUGGCAAACGAAAGAUUAUGAACCACCAGUAGCAGAAAAUGGUGUGGUUCCACGAAAUGCGUAUGGAAAUGUUGAAUUGUUUAAGAUGUGCAUGUUACCAAUUGGAACAGUUCAUCUUCAAUUACCAGGAUUGAACAAAGUUGCUAAGAAAUUAAAAAUCGAUUGUGCACCUGCAGUUGUUGGAUUUGAUUAUCAUAGUGGAAGUUGUCAUCCAACUUUCGAUGGAUUUGUUGUUUGUGAAGAGUUUAAAGAUGUUUUACUUGAAGCUUGGGAACAAGAUCAAAUAGAAACAGAAAAAAGAGCACGUGAAAAAAUUGAAAAACGUGUAUAUGGUAAUUGGCGUCGUAUAAUUAAAGGUCUAUUUAUUCGAGAACGUUUACAAAAACGAUAUGAUUUUGGUGGAGAUAAAGAAGAUGAACCUCCUGCUGGGACAUCAAAGAAAAAAGGUUCUUUAAAAGUGGCAGAACGAAAACGUAGAAUUUGUAGUGAUACCAGUGAUAAUUGAAAAAUGUACUAAAGUUUUAUCAGUUUUUUUUGAUAAACCAAAUAAAUUUUAAUAUUAUGUUGUUUUACAGUAAAAUAAAAUACGGGUAAAGUACAAUAUUCCACCAUAAAAUUGCACUAGUUAAAAUGCAUCAUUUUUUAAACUCUAAUUUAUUAUAGUAUUUUGUAUUUUUUUAAAACUAAUUUUCUUAUAGGCGCUUCAUAAUUACAUUAGAUUGGCAUUUGGCUCCAAAGAAAAGUUAUUGACCACGACUCAUGCAUCACACAUAUCAGAUUAUUAUGAUCAUAGAUUUUUUUGUCCCUUGUGAAGGAAUCGUCCUUUCAACAUAACGAAUCUAUUUGUUUGCGAAAAUAUGUUUCCAUAAAAAUACGUUGGCUUUCUCAUAUGGAUAAACUUUUUCAACAUCUAAUUUACACAACAAGAUAUUUUUUAUUAUAGAAUGGAAACGAUUCACACGACAUAUUUUUAAUCAUAACAACUGUUUAGUAAGGUCGUCCUUCUAUCUUCUAUUGGUGAGACGCAACUGUUAUAUUUUGAUGAAAAUUCAAUAUUUCAGACGAUAUUGACGUAUUGUUCUAAAAGUACCUGAAAAAUUCGCUAUGAAAUCAAGGUAAAGCGAUUAAUCCAUACGUAAUCUAUCACCUUUGUUUCAGUUUUGUAUCCUAAUAAUUUGAUUAAUCAUUGAAGUUUACUGAGAGCAAAUUUCAGCUUGGUGCAAUUUUGUUGUGGAAGUGUAUAUCAAUUUACAUGU